AAAGUCAACAAUAUGAAUAAAUUUGCACUACUCCUUCUUUGUAAUAUAUUGUUAUUAAAUAAAAUUGGUAUACAUGCUCUUCGAUGUUAUGACUGUAAUAGUGUUACAGAUAGUAGAUGUUUUGAUGACAAACCUCCAGAUGCUCUAAAGAAAGAUUGUUCAGAACUUCGUGAUGGCUCAAAAUAUACAAUGUGUAGAAAAAUAACUCAAGUUAUUGAGUUUAGCGUAAAUGGAUUACCAGCAAAUACUCGGGUAAUUAGAAGUUGUGGCUGGGAUGAAUCUAAUUAUAAAGGAAAAUGUUAUCAAAGAGGUGGUUUUGGAGGAAGACAAGAAGUUUGCUCUUGUACAAGUGAUUUUUGCAAUGGUGCUUCUAACAACAAAUUUUCGUUUUCAUUGCAUUACAUUUGGGUAUUAAAUAUUAUUUUAAUAUUUGUAACUUUAUAA